AUGUCUCAAACAACGCACACCAGCAGUGGCGUUGGUGACGCCUCAAACAAAAGUUCCAUAUCAAAGACAUCAAUCUGCGACAACCGCAUUCACCUCCUCCUUGCCGCAACAGGCUCAGUCGCGACUAUCAAAAUAUCCAAUAUCAUCAACGCCCUCUCCCCUCAUACCAAGAAGCUCUCAAUAAGAGUAAUCCUCACCACAAAAGCCAAGCAAUUCCUAGCCGGCCAGUCCGCCGAACAGCCCACCGUCUCGUCCCUCAUUUCCCUCCCUGGCGUUGAAGCCGUCUAUGACGAUGACGCAGAGUGGGGACCAGAGCCCUGGCGCCGCGGUGUUGAUAUUUUGCACAUCUCCCUCCGACGCUGGGCAGAUAUCCUUGUCAUUGCCCCUCUUUCCGCAAACACCCUUGCCAAGCUCGCCAACGGACUAAGCGAUAACCUGUUGACGUCUGUAUGUCGGGCGUGGGAUACCGAUGGCCAGGUUGACGGGAAAAGAAAACGGAUUGUGGUUGCACCGGCAAUGAAUACGGCUAUGUGGCGGCAUCCAGUGACGGCACAGCAUAUCCGCGUUCUGGAGGAGGAAUGGGGCAUUAGGAAAGAUGAGGAUACAAGACAAGAGACGGGAUGGUUUGAGGUUCUACAACCACAGUCGUCGAAAGUGUUGGCUUGUGGGGAUGUGGGGAGCGGUGCUAUGUUGGAAUGGACCGAGAUAGUCAAAGUCAUUGAGGCUAGGUUAGGACUAAGUGAUUAG